AUGAUGUUUCAAUUGCCGUGGACCGUUUUCUUGUUGCUUUUAUUCUGCGGUCUUCCAUAUGGCCUCCAUACCCGGGACCUUCCAUAUGUUGUAAAGAGUUCGGUAACUGUACCGGCUGGCUGGUCCCGAAUAGCAGCGCCACCACGAACUCAGAUCAUUAAUAUCCGUAUCGGCUUGCAGCAAAAUCAAAUUGAAGACGUGGAGCGUCAUCUUCUGGAAGUCUCCGACCCUUCGCAUCCACGAUACGGCCAACAUCUCUCAGCCCAAGAGGUAAACCAGUUAGCGCAGCCAUCGAGGGUUUCCGUCGAUGCAGUUACAACAUGGCUCCGUCAACACGUCCCUGAUGCGCAAAAGUGGGCGUUCUCUAGGGAGAGGGACUGGCUUUCGUUGAGCCUAUCCGUGGGCGAGCUAGAAGAUCUGCUGCAAACCGAGUACGGGAUAUUCCAGCAUGUCGAUGGAGAACAACAUAUCCGAUGCCUCUCGUGGUCUCUGCCCGCCGCAGUGGUGGACCAUAUUGAUGUCAUCGAGCCCACAAACGUCUUCAUCCGACCCAAAGCUCAGUCUCGGUACGGCGGUCCCCCUCCCCCCGAUUGGGAGCUCGAGCAUCGCAUGCCGACCUUUGCGGAACUCGUUGAUGAAGACAUUCUGGAACGUGGUCAUCUCGAUAUUCCGACCCGGGAGGAAUUAUCGGAUGCUCCAUCUGUCCAAGAGGCAUGCAAUCGACUUGCCAUCUCCACGACCUGUUUAAGUGUGCUCUAUGGAAUCUGGGGCUACACGCAGCAAGUACCCGAUCGCAACAGUAUUGCAUUGGUGAACUUCCUCGGCGAGGUCAAUAAUCGCUCCGAUAUCGACUUGUUCCUGAGACGCCACCACCCCGCUGCUGCUGAGGCGAAGGCGGCAUACAAUUUCAGCACCGAGAUUGUCGCAGAUGGGGACAACCGGCAAUCUCUACUCUCCCCGGAAGAUCUUGACGCCCAUAAGGGUUUCGAGGGUGCGCUGGAUGCGCAGACGAUUCUGGGGCUCAGUUGGCCGAUGCCUCUGACCACCUACAAUGUUGGCUCCAAACCUCCUUUUCAUGCCACAGCCGGGACGGUAGAGAAUACUAAUGAGCCGUAUCUCACAUGGUUGGAAUAUAUCCUCGCCAAGGAUACUCUCCCUAACGUCAUCUCAAUCUCCUAUGCCGAUGAUGAAAAGACGGUGCCUCCGAACUAUGCCCGUCGUGUGUGCAACGAGUUUGCCAAACUGGGUGCACGAGGAGUAACUGUACUCGUGGCGAGCGGGGACUGGGGUGUUGGAGAAGAUGCCCAGUGUUUCUCUGGAAGCAACCCCGAGGAGACACGAUUCGCACCAUCCUUCCCGGCCAGCUGUCCGUACGUCACUAGCGUUGGGGGUACGCGACUGCUGGAGGAGCAGGAGAUUGUUGGGUUCGAUGGACGAGGAAGCUUUGUGACCGGGGGUGGCUUCAGUGAGAUCUUUGACCAGCCGCCGUAUCAGCGAGAGGCCGUGGGGACGUAUAUAGCCGAUCUUGGAGACAAACACGCCGGUCUGUAUAAUGCCGCUGGACGAGGAAUACCAGAUAUCUCAGCGAUGAGCUAUCACUACUCCGUACUAUACAAUGGUCAGGCACACCUCCAGGAUGGGACCAGUGGAUCGGCACCCACUGUGGCAUCCAUCAUCGGUAUGGUGAAUGACGCGUUGAUUGCCGAGGGACGGCCACCGUUGGGGUUUCUCAACCCGUGGAUUUACUCACGGGCACAUACUGGGUUCAGAGAUGUGACCUGGGGGUCCAACCGUGGAUGUAAUACCAGUGGCUUUCCUGCAACCACAGGAUGGGAUGCGGCCACUGGAUUCGGUACACCGUGGUUUCCGGCUCUGAAGAAGCUGGCCCUGGAGUCGAAGUUUCGACACACAACACCAUGGUAUGCAAUCUGA